AUGGAAUACAACGUUCUUAUCACUGGUGGCUCAGGCUACCUGGGAGGCAUGCUCUUGAACCAGUUGAAGAGCGCAGACCUCCCCAGAUACCACAAACUGUUUGCAUUCGUGCGAACAGUCGCCCAGGCCGAGGCUGUGAAGCAGUACUCCGCCGAACCCCUGGAGUUUGAUAUGCAGGACGAGGCCAGCGUGCGCGACAGCAUCUUGAAAAACAAAAUCAAUGUCAUCUUCUUUCUGGUCGAUGCAAUCAGCUCGAGCCGACAAGAGUCCUUCAUCAAGGCGUUGGCCGAACUGAGCAGGACAACUGGACAGGAUGUGCAUUUUCUUCAUACCAGUGGAGCGAAGGCGUUCUCCAACCAUGCCGGGGCUCCAAUAGAUCAUCUCCUUUUCGACGAUGACCCCAACCUAUAUGAGAUUCAGAAAGCUCAGCGGUCCUCUCUCCCGCUCAUGCAACAGGCCGUGGAAACAAACAAUUGGAUCAUAGAGCUGAGCGAAUCUCUCGGUGUGAAAAGUUACAUAUUCUCCCCCUGCAUGGUUUGUAAGUAUAUUGCGCGUUACCAGCACAACCACGGACUGAGCAUCAACACAGAUGCUAAAGCGACUGGCCGGCUUUACAAUCUCAAUGAAAGAGACCACUGGUCUUGGCCGGUCUGCCAUUUGCUCGACAACACCAUGUUGUACAUCGAGAUACUGCGGAAGAUACUGUCAUAUGAUGCUAUUCCCCAUGGUCGAAAUGGAUACUACCUCCCGUCCAGUGGCCGGGUUGCUUGGAAAGACGUAUACGCAUCCAUUGCCACUGCUCUUUUCAAAAGAGGUCUGCUCAAGGAUAGUGCUGUCCAUCCAGCCGACGAUGGCAUCCUAGCUACUAUGGCUGCAGCGCUCGACUCGCCGAAAGAAAUGGUAUUGCUCCAGCUGGGGGGCGAAUGUCUUUUCACAGCAAGCAAUAGCCUCAGGAUUGGUUGGAAGCCUUUGUUCCCUCCUGAGCACAUCCUCGAUGUCCUCAAUCAAGAAGUCGACCUCAUUCUUGCAAACGAUGCUGAGAAAUCUCGGAGAGAAAAGCGCUAA